AUGGCCACCCUCCCACCAGGCCUAACCCUAGGCGCCGCAACCCCCACCACCCGCGGCCGCUCCGUCCUCACGACCCGGGCCUUCGGGCCCGGCGACCUAAUCGCCACCUUCCUCGACCCGUCCCCCAGCGUCGUGCUCCCCGACACCCCGCACCUAGCGCAGACAUGCAGCUACUGCCUGCUCCCCUCGCUCCCCUCCUCCCCCACGCCCAUGCGCGCCUGCUCCGGGUGCCGCACCGCGCACUACUGCACGCCGGCGUGCCAGCGGCUCGACUGGGCGCUGGCCCACGGGAAGGGCGAGUGCAAGGCGUUCCGGCGGGUGCGCGCUUCUGAGCUAAAUACUGCCACCACCACCACCACCGAUGAUAGUGGCGGUGGCGGUGGUGGUGGUUUGCGCACCCUGCCCACCCCCACGCGCGCGCUGCUGCAAGUGCUGCUGCGACGGGACGUCCUGGCCGCGUUCGCCGGCGAUAGGCUCGAGAGCCAUGCGCAGGAGCUCAAGGAGGCGGACCCGGAGACGUGGGGGGAUAUAGAGCUGCAGGCGCGGGCGGCGCUGCAUUUUUUGAGGGAGAAGAAGAAGGGGAAGGGGAAGGAGGGGGGAAAGGGGGAGAUGGAGGUGGAGGAGGAGAGUGAUGAGAAAGUCGCCGAGGCGGUGGACGUGUUGUGUAAGCUACGCGUCAACUCCUUCAACCGCCUAGACACCGACCUAGGGCAGAGCGGGAUCUACAUCAACCCCGCGCUGGCGAUGGUGAACCACUCCUGUGUGCCGAACGCCUUUGUGCAGUUCGUCGGGCGCAACGCCAUGCUCCACGCUUUCCAGGACAUCAAAGCGGGCGAAGAGAUUGAGAUCUCCUAUAUCGACUGCACACUCCACCGCUCGCAACGGCAGACAUCCCUCAAGACACGGUACCACUUCGACUGCGCCUGCCCGCGCUGCACGGACGAUCUCGACGUGUACCAAGUGUGCCAGCAGUACCCGCACCUGCCCCUGAACGCCUUCAGCCUCGUGCCGGACCUCGACCUUCUCCGCCACCCCCCCAUCAAGCAAUCCCUGCACUCGAACUCGCUCCUCCGCCAAAACGUCGAGGAGAUCUACCCGCUCUGCUCCGAGCAGAUAACCGCGCCCGAGCGGACCGGCGAGCUGACGCGGCGCUGGAAGCUGUGCGGCGCGCUGCGCAUGGCCGGGCUCUUCGCCAUCGAGCCGCUCGCCUCAGUCCUCGUCGAAGCGAGCCUCUACUUCAGCAUGCGGGGGAAAUUCGCGAGCGGGCUGACGAUCGCGAGCUUCCUCGCCCUGCACAGCGACCCGUACAAGGGGCCGAUGCCGUUCUACGAGCCGCGGGUAAAGCGGCUCUUCGUGAUCGCGAAGCUCCUGGCGAACACGGCGUCCAUCGACCCUUCUUCUACGUUGGUUGGGAGGGAUGCAAAGAUAGAGACGAAGGUGUUCGAGGCGCUGGACGGGAUCGACCAGGCGACGAUGUGCCAGGUCAUACUGAGGAUAGUGGUCCACCACUGCCCGGCGGCGCACUCGACGGAGUGGCAGGUGUACCGCGAGGCAAAGGGCUUGUUGGAUGAUAUAGAGAGUCUGCCGGGACGGGAGCAAAUCAACGCUUUGAUCGACGCUUUCUCGGCGAACCCUGAUGGUGAGGAGGAGAGGCGUAUCUUUGAUAUUGCAGUUCUGGAUCCAAUCAAAGCACUGGCUGGGCUUGCAUUGGAGGUUAUGGAUGCUGAGUUUGGCACUUAG